AUGGGCGCCCUCAUCUCGAUCCCCUUGCUCGGUCCGAUCGCCGGGCUGGGUAGCUCGGCGGUGUCGGCAUGCGUGACGGGACUGGCGUUCUUCUGCACGGGCCAGGCGGCCUCGGCCCUCACCAAAUCGUGCAACUGCAACUCGUCGGUCGCGACGCGCGUCGGCUUUUCGCUCAUCUUCCUCCUCAACUCGCUCUUCGCCUGGAUGAUGCUCACCGACUUUGCGAUCAAGCUCGUCGCAAAGUGGAGCUGGGAGUGGAUCAAGAUGGAGUGCAAGGAGGGCAGAUGCUACGGCGUGCUGGCGGUCCACCGCAUCUGCUUCGCCCUCGCCAUGUUCCACUCGGUUCUCUCGCUCCUCCUGAUCGGCGUCAAGGACACGCGGACGAAGCGGGCGGCCAUUCAGAACGGCUGGUGGGGCCCAAAAGUCCUGGCGUGGCUCGUCUUCGUCUACCUGUCGUUCCUGAUCCCGAACGGCUUCUUCACCUCGUUCUGGUCGACCUACAUCUCGCUCCCCGGCUCGGGCAUCUUCAUCCUGAUCGGCCUCGUCCUCCUCGUCGACUUUGCACACUCGUGGUCCGAGACGUGCCUCGAGCGAUGGGAGGCGACCGACUCGCCGUUCUGGAAGUGGGUGCUCAUCUCGAGCACGCUCGGCCUGUACGCCCUCACGUUCGCCCUCACGGUCGUGCAGUACGUCUUCUUCGCCGGCAAAGGGUGCGCGCUCAACACGGCGCUUAUCACGACGAACUGGGUCAUCUCGCUCGUCGUCUCGGCCCUCUCGAUCGCGCCCGCCGUGCAAGAGUCGAACCCGCGCUCCGGCCUCGCUCAAGCAGGCAUGGUCGUCGCCUACACCGCCUACCUAAUCACCUCGGCGAUCGCCAACCACGACGACGGGAACGGCGCGUGCAACCCGCUGCAGUCUCGCGCGGCGGGCGCCCGGACGGGAAUGGUCGUCCUCGGGGCGGUCUUUACCUUCCUCGCGAUCGCGUACUCGACCAGUCGCGCGGCGACGCAGAGCCAGGCAUUCACGCCUGGACGGAAGGGACGGCCGGACAGCGGCGAGUACGAGGCGCUGAGCCAGUCGAUGAGCGGGAGCGGAGGCGUCGAUGUCGAGGGCGGCGAGAUGGGGCCUGUCUUGACGCAGCCGAAGCGACAGGAGAGCCUGCGGUACCAGGCGAUCAAGGCGGCCGUCGACGAGGGCUCCCUCCCUGCAUCGGCUCUCACCGACUUUGACGACGACGAAGACGACGACGCUUCUGCAGCGGGUGGGAUGUCACCCCUGAACGACGACGAGCGCACGGGCACGCGCUACAACUACAGUUUCUUCCACCUCAUUUUUGUCCUUGCGACAAUGUACACAGCCUGCUUGCUCACCAACUGGUCUGUCGUCUCACCCAUCACCUCCACAACCUCCCCGGAAGCGGACGGCCAACCGAUGCGCAUAGGUCGCUCGCACGUCGCCUUCUGGAUGCGAAUCAUCAGCGCGUGGUUGUGUCAGGCGAUUUACGCGUGGAGUUUGGCGGCGCCGUUGGUGUUGCCGGACCGUUUUGCGUAG